CUGAGACACCUAUCUGCGAAAUUAGUGUUCAAUGGGGAUUGGCUGGUCGUAAGCGCCGAAGGAUCAAACCCUCCUCAGGUACAGAUUCAGCUCCUCUCAAGGAAACUGCUCUCCCCUCCUUAAAAUGCUCUACAUAUCCUUCACUCCACAAUUAAUUGAACAACAAUUCUCGCCAUUCCGAGAUGAGUUCGGCUAGUUCACCUCUGUCUGCACCGGUUUCUCUUCGCGCCGUCGUCCUUCUCUUGUGCCUGUUGUCCCAAGUCCCAUUUGCGCAAUCUACGAUAUGCUAUGAUGUGACAGGCCUCCAGAGCGAAGUGUUCUUCCCAUGUGAACCGGAUGCCGAAGUCAGCUCCUGUUGCUACGCAGGCGAUAUCUGCUUCAGCAAUGGACUUUGCUCUCCUAGUGCAGCCACGAAAGCCAAGCAUCCUAAGGAUUUCUAUGUAACCCCAUUUUUCUGGAAUGCUUGCUCUGAUCCAACAUUUCAAGACCCCAAGUGCUUCUCAGGAUGCUUUAAUGUUCCUGGAAAUGGCGUCAAAAGUUGCCCAGAAGCUGGCCCAAAUGCAUAUUGCUGCUUUGGGUACUCUGGAUGCGACUGUACCGACCCUAACCAGGUUGUCACCGCCCGAGCUGGCUCUAUUGUUACUACAAUAGAUCCCAGCGCAACGUACACAAAGAGCACGGCCUCAAGCAUUCAUACCUCUUCGUCGACUUCUAACACUCAUACGCUCUCAUCGAAAUCCAGCACCCAUGCCCCUUCGUCGACCUCAACAUCUGAAGAUUCAACGGCAACAACCACUGAGCCAAAAUCCGUCACGCCUACAAAUACAUCGCAAGACCAGGAAACUAGCACUCCUACAAAUGCUUCGCAGGACCAAGGAAGCAGCACGCCAACAAAUGCUUUGCAGGAUCAAGGAAGCAAAAGCUCCGCACUCCCAAUUGGCGUUGGAGUUGGAGUUGGUGGGGCAGUUUUAAUAGCGGUUGCCGCGGCCAUAGCAAUCAUUUUACUACGACGCCGAAGGCAAAAGGCGCCCUACUUGGGACUUCAACUAAAGUACGAGUACGAGACGAAGCCCGAUGAGGCACAUUACGAAAUGAUGACAACCUAUAAUGCCGCUGAGCUAUCUAAUGCAAACCCAGUACAUGAGUUACCGGCUCGCAGAUGAUCGGAAUUACGGAGUUGCAGGUUAGGCGCACUGGGAAGGUUGGGUUGGAUGUAAUGAGAGUAGACGAUGGACUCUGCGAGGUGAUUUUGCUCCUCAACUAAUGCAUAUGAUAAUGAUGACGAAUCAAGGGGAGCCAGCCAAGCCCAUGGCCGCGGCGAGUGGGAAAGGAGUACAUAUGUUUAACUACCUAGUUGACAAUCUUAGAAAUGGGAAAUAGAAGACCAUAUCAACG